AAUUGGAUAAAGAAUUUUGAGCAUUCCAGGAUACAUGAAACAUCUUUGAUUAAAAACAAGUAUUCUACCUUAGAACUCAUAAUAGACACCCACCCAUCCUUUGGACUCUCCUGUAGCGUAAUCCGUCAGCAACCGGAAGUAAACCAAAAUUUGGAAAAUCUAUAAUUUUUAUCGAUUAUCGUGGUUCGUGUCCACAAAGGGUAAAGACUUGACAUUGAAUGAAUCACAGAUGAUUGAUGGCAAAUCUAGUGUAAGUAACUGGACUUGCACUGCUUGCAACAAUGGAACAUCUGAAUCCAAAAGAGGCUAGCAUUGCAAAAAUAAUACACAAUGCUGAUGAGAGACCUGCCGUGGACAGUAUGGAAAAUGUUGAUGACAGUUUGCAUGAUACAAAGGAAUGUGCAGAUGCUAUUAAUAAGACAAUUCAUGAGGAAAACCCAUCUACCUCAAAUGAUCAAAUGAAGACAAACAUUGAGAUGAAAGGAUCACAGGGGACAGACCCCUCAUGUAAUGAUGUCAAAAUGGAUGCCUCAGGUUUUACCGAAAUAUCAGAGAUUUCUGAAAGGGCAAGUAAUGAUACGAAACCUACUUUGGAUGUUGAGAAUGACUGUGCUAAUAUAACACCUGAUGAAAACUGCAUUCCCCCAGCUGCAAAACAUGACAAUUCAGAUAUUGAGGAAACUGAGAUGCGAUUAUCAAAUGAUGUUGUGAGAAAUAGUGGUGAAGAAGUAAAUACCAAGGAGAUGGAGGGCAAGGUGGUAUGUUCUGAAGUUGAUAACAAGGCUCUUUUGAAACAAGAACCAGAAAUAGAGACUGACGAAGAUCUUUACCAGCAGCCCAAGAGGAGUCGUAAAUCUAGGAAAUCAAAUAAACCCAUGCGAAUCAUAGCAACAGUUGCUGAUGAUGAAGCCUCAGCUUACAUAAGUGAUGAUGAUUGUGACAUUAAUGAUGACCUCAGUGCAGGCAUUAAAGGCUCAACAGUUGGUAUCAUAGCUAAAGUGGGCUUAGAGGUUGUGAAGAACACAGGAAAAUACUGGGGAGAUAGACCUGUGAAGCAGAUGUCUGGUAGUGUUUCCGGUAUCAAACUGGCGUACAGCUGUAAGGAAUGCAAAUACACAACUGAUAAUAAAUCACAUUUACAUCGACAUAUGAAUGCCCAUACAGGCUACAAACCAUUUGUAUGCUUUGUCUGUGGACUCGAAUACAGCAGAAGUGAGAAGGUUAGAUGGCAUGUCUUCCGUCACCAUCCAAAUGAACAAUAUGACAUCCUGAAAUGCAAGAAGGACAACCUUAAUAAGCCAUCAACCUCACUUAGUCUCAAGAACUUUACAAAAGUUAAAGACAUCAAAGAAGAGGCGAACAAAGGUGAGCUGCCAGCUAAUGAAGAAAGCAAGAAGCAGAAUACUACCUCAACAACAAAAGCAACAGAUAACAAUCUGGAUAAGGUUGUUUGUAAAGAGUGUGGCUACAAAAGUAAUUGUGCUUAUAGUUUAAGUAGGCAUAUUAAGGAGGUCCACCAAAAGGUAGCAACGUUCUCAUGUCCCUUAUGCGACUAUGGCACCAACAGGAGAUACAGGUUUAUCAACCAUAUGAUCAAACAUGGGAUUCUCCAGUGCUGUUUCUGUUCCCACAUUGCCAGUGAUCAAAUAGGUUAUGAGUGUCAUCUGACUGCAUGUAAGGUGAAAACAACAUCAGCUUCUUUCCCUUGUGACCAUUGCACAGAUACAUUCACCAGCAAGAAACAACUAUCUCUCCACAUAGGAGAUAACCACCAGAUUUAUCAGUUCAAAUGCACACAAUGUGACUUUAAAUCCAACUUCCAAGGAUUGUUUCAAAAACAUGAGAAUAAACACACCAAGAGAAAGAUAGGAAGGCCAGUAAAAUUAAAGGUCAAGCUUCCAACUCAUAAUUUAUCAACUUCUGACCAUGAAACGGAGGAAGGAGGAAUAAAAUGUGAGUUAUGCGAUGUUCAUUUAAAAAACAACCAUAGUUAUUUGAAGCACAAGCGUCAGGCCCAUUCAGGAAGUAAACCAUAUGCUUGUCAUGAAUGUGACUUUGAGACAGAAUCUGAGAUUGCUCUGAUGAAUCACUUACGUAUCCACACUGGCACCAAGCUCCCCUGUUAUGAUACUGAUUGCACAUAUAAGUCAAGCUUUAGUGGUUCCCUGGCUAGACACAUGGCUGAAGUCCAUGAAAUUGUACCUCGUCAUUUAUGCCCCUUGUGUCCCAAGGAUUUUCGUUGUCAGACCAAGCUUUAUUACCAUCUUCAAGUACAUAAUGAAGCAUUUACCUGUUUGAAGUGUGACUCAAAAUUCUAUUUAGAUGCUGCUUAUAAGAUGCAUCAGGAGGUUUGCGAAGGGCCUAUAUCAAGGACAAGAUUCAACCCAUCAUUGGACUUUAAUGACCUCAAUGAAAACAAAACAUCAAUGUCUCCCAUUUUAUAAAACAUUCAUAUAUUUCCUGUGUCAUGUGGAACUGUCCUUUAUGAUAGGUAAUUUUAGUUGUAUGAUACAGUAUCGUAUUCCUAUCUAUACAGUAAGUCAUUUUAGUAAUGUAAUACUGUGUGGAAUCCACAAUAUACCUUUUAGCAUUUAUAUACUUUAAAAUUACCUAUUUUAUGGUGUAACUUUACAUGACACCUGUGUAUACUAUGUAUGCAUUUUUACCAAUUUAUAGAUAACCCUUGGAAUAUUUUCCAAUACUUUGUGCAAAUUCUAACUUUAUCAAUUCUUACUAAUGUACUAUGUAAUACUAAAAUAUCCCAAAUUUGAACAAUUCUAUUUUUAAAUUCACAACUGUGAACAAAAUGAUAUUCACUUUAAAGCUCAAUUGAGUGCAGCUGGGUACUUGCAAACGUAUCAAAACUGUAACUCACCACUUUUCUAUUUGUAUCAGUCCAUAGACGGCUUUUUGUUCACUUGAGGGGUUUAUAUUUGACAACUCAGGUCUGAAAAUGGCCAAAAUCACCGGAAAAGUGUUCAGAAUGGUGAGAAAUGCAUGAUUUUGAAAGAAUUU